CCCAACCCGCACGCACCCAAGCCAGCAUUCCAAGACGCGCCUGUUCUGGUGCCAACCUUUCAUUACCUUGACCCAGAGGUUAGUCUCAGAGAAUUCCUACUUCUUAUUCGACUGUCUCACCGCGUCGGCAACCUUUUUUCUUGAGCUCCGCCGACGUGUUUUCUUGCUUCAUAUGCCGUCGUUUUCUCUCAAUUACCCUCUCUCAACCCGAGCACGUCGAACUGACAGGACCAACACACAGCAGCAUUGACUCUCUGUCAUUGAACGCGAUCUAUCUACAACGGCUCAAUCACAAACGUCGCGAUGCCUGCAGGACGCCCGGCUACACGCCAGCGUGUUGUACAGAACGAGAACGAUGAGAACACAGCCAACACGCGUUUGACGCGUGCCAAAGCCGCCGCUGGCGGUCCCGAGGACCUUGGGAAAACGGGCAAGCCCGCGUUGCAAACGAAAAAAUCAACCGCCAACGUUGCUGGUCAGAGGAAAAGAGCCGCUUUGGGAGAUGUGAGCAACGUGAACAAGACAGAAGCCCAGAAGGCUGCUGCCGGCAAGAGUCUGAAGGCUGCUCAGCCUACGGGUGUGCAGAAGCCCGCCGCCCGCCCCGCGAGUCGGGUUGCCACAGCGGCCAAGGAUCCUAAGAAGGUUGAGAUCACCAAGAAGUCAGGCGCUGGCGCAAUCGGUGCCGUGCAAAAACGCAAGGUCCUCAGCGCAACCACACACAGCCGGGAGCCAUCAGUCACCGUCGAUGAGGCAGAGCCCGUUCGUAAGAAGGCUCAUACUAUGGAUGCCGAGAAGCGCAUCCGUUCCGAGUCAAGGGUCGACAAGGAGAAUGAGGCCGUUGCUAGUGCCAAGGCCGAUGCCAUUGCUGAGGCAAAGGAGACAGCUCUUCACCAACAGAUUCGGAACUUGGAUGAUGAGGAUCACGAUGACCCGCUCAUGGUGGCCGAGUACGCCAAUGAUAUCUUCGACUACCUCCGUGAGCUCGAGGCGCCCUCCAUGCCCAACCCCGACUACAUGGCAUCGCAAGACAACCUCGAAUGGCAGACGCGUGGCAUCCUCGUUGACUGGCUCAUUGAGGUUCACGCGCGCUUCCAUCUCCUGCCUGAGACGCUCUUCCUCGCCGUCAGCAUCAUUGACCGAUUCCUCUCGGUGAAGAUCGUCCAGCUCGACCGUUUCCAGCUGGUCGGCAUCACUGCCAUGUUCAUCGCCUCCAAGUACGAAGAGGUCUUGUCGCCCAUUGUCAGAGAUUUCAGGCACGUUGCCGACGACGGCUACACUGAGGCCGAGAUCCUCAGCGCUGAGCGUUCCAUCUUGACCGCCCUCAACUACGACCUCAGCUACCCCAAUCCCAUGAACUUUCUUCGACGUGUAUCCAAGGCGGACAACUAUGACAUCCAGUCUCGGACCAUUGGCAAGUACCUCAUGGAGAUUAGCCUCCUCGACCACCGCUUCAUGGAGUUCUGCCCCAGCCACGUUUCUGCCGGCGCCAUGUUCCUGGCACGGCUCAUGCUAGACCGCGGAGAGUGGGACGCAACUAUCACCUACUAUGCAGGCUAUACGGAAGCUGAGGUCAUGCCCGUCGUCAUGCUGAUGGUCGACUACCUCGCCCGCCCUGUCUGCCAAGAGGCCUUUUUCAAGAAGUAUGCUAGCAAGAAGUUCCUGAAGGCUUCCAUUGUCGCCCGCCGUUGGGCAAAGGAGAAUGCCGAAGCUUUCGGCCUCACCAACCUCCGACAACAACCCCUCUACAUCAUGAACAUUGACGACUCCGCGGACGCAGAGGGGUCAUGAGUCUGAAUACGGCCUCUUUGGUCGCGUGGUUGGCGACCCUCACGACAGCUUAUGACUUUGAUUUACCUCGCAUCACUCCGCAACGGCGAUGUGCCAUUAUU